AUGGCCGCAAUAAGAAGGUGGCUGUGUGCUCUAGUCGCCGCUGUUCUUCUGGCAGUUCUGCAUUUGAGGCAUGCAACGUUGUUGGUAGCACAGGUGACCACAACGCGGGCCAAAGCGCCCUUGGAGGAACAGGAGUCGCCAGUGCCGCAAGAGAGCCCUGUGCAAGUGCGAAGGCCUGACCCAACUUUCAAAGAGACUGGACAUGGAGCUCGGUGCUUGAAGUUCAUCCAUAUUCCCAAGACGGGAGGGACCAGCAUCGAAUACGAGCUGUGGCUGAAGAGGGAGCAAUUAAGAGGACUUCCCCAAUGGGGAGUGUUUGACCACAACAUUUCCUGCAAGAACAAGCAUGAGUUCAGGCCUGCCGUGCCGAACGUAGGCCAAGUUUUAGCAUAUGGCUGCAAGUCCCCUGCAGGGCACGGUGGCUGCCCUGCAUGGCAUGUGCCACCAGGUGCUGAUGACUUGCUAUUAGAGGGCUACCAGCAGUGUGACACCUUUUGCGUAGUACGGCACCCUGUGACGCGGCUGGUAAGCAAGUGGAAAUACACCAGCGCUGGACCAAACUGCAGCAGAGAGGAUUUUACAAAGUGGGCCUUUGACAUGCUGGAAGCCACGCAAAAGGACCCUUACCAGGGCGGAUGCCAUUUUAUCCCUCAAUCCGAGUACAUAUGGCAGAAGGGUACAGGGUUGACAACUUGCGACCAUGUGCUACGCUAUGAGAAUCUGACCGCAGAGUUCGACUCUUUGAUGAGCAAGUUUGAGCUGCCCAUUGCUCUGAAAGUGCAUCAGCUCAAGGCCAACCCGCGUUGCACCUGGACAAAUGUGACGCCAGAAGUGGAGCAACGCACCAAGGAGGUGUAUGCAGCUGACUUCAAACUUCUUGGCUACACAUAG